GCAUCAGAGAGUGGAGUGGAAACAGGAAGAAGGGGGAGAGGGGAAGAAAGGAGACAAGAGGAGAGAGGAACGGGUGAGACAAGGUGGCGAGUGAAAGAGAGGAAAAGGGGAGCAAGAGAGGGGGUGUGUGGACCUUAGGAAACAAAGACAAAAAAACAGCUUACAGUAAAGCGUGCAGCCGGUGCAUGCUUCCAGUUGACGUGACUGCCAGCAUAGGUGACCACCUGGAUUUGCAAUUCCAGCUAGUAGCAGAGGAUGAGCAUGUCUAUUUAAAGGGAUCUGAGGCCGUGUGGGUCUGCUGGCUUGCUAUUCCUGACUGACAGCAUCAUCGAAAAUUUAAACCAGUGUGCCCCCCCCCCCCCUUUUCCCCCAGAACUCAUUGACAGGUUGUUUCUCAGGUGUGAAGUGGAGGGCUUCCCAAACUCAGACCAAGACUGGCUGCAUGUAUCACCCAGCAGAGCUGUACUCUGGCCGUAACACAUGGGACUCCUACUCAGCUGGGGGACCUAACAGAGGACAAUGGGCUCCUGUAAACAGCCGCCCCUGGAGCCACACUCAAAGAUGCCAAGAUGGGCGCGAUCAAUCACACCCACCAUCAAACCGCCUCUAUAAUAGGGGAGAGAGAACAGCCAACCAUGUUCAGGACAAGGGUAUCUCUAAGGGAUACAGACAGCCUCCGCGUCUUUGGGAUAGCAAAGAGCGGCCGUUUGAGGCCCAGAACUGGCAUCACAACUCCACACGCUCAUUCCACAAUCGACCUGGCACCAACAACGGUUAUCUAACAGGACCCAGAGAGCGCUACACAAACUGGGACAACGAUGCCAGCAUCUCUGUGCAUGGAGGUCCUCGCCUGCAUCGCAACAACCGGGAACUCCAGUCCCAGCCAGAGAGAUGGGCCCCAUCAGACUGUCGCAGGAGCUUUCCAGACAGAAUGAUAAACAACAGACCAGGACCCUGGAAACGGCCAGUUCCUCAUCAGCGGCGAGACCAACUGCACCAGCACAGUCCACCUCCACAGCACCCUUUGUCCCCAAGGGAAGAGUGUCAAGCCAAGAGGAGAAGAGAUUCUGGCCCUGAUCAGUCAUCACAUCUGGGAUCAAAGCAUUUACCUUUAGUCUCCCAUGCUCCAUCACCACCUCGCCACCACCGCUGCAACCAAGAUGACUGGAAGCCUCUUCAUGACAGGACCGGUCCUCUCCACCACUCUGACCACAGGACCUCAACCACACAGCAACAGGAAACCUCUAAACUGCGCCCUGGAGGACAUGGCUCUAGUAACAGUAACCCCGCAGCUCCAAACCAGAGUUGUGGCAGCAGACCACCACAUCAUGGGAACAGCAGAGGGAAGGUCAACCAGAAAAUCUCCUCUUCACCAGCAGACCACACCCGUGUGCCUUACAGCCACCAAAACCAUCAUCAUCAGUAUCAACGGCAUACAAGCCACUCCAGAGCCCCACAGCACAACCUUCCUCUACGCACCAACGAGGAGAAGGACUCACGGACCCAUCACCACAAACAAAGCACAGAACCCCAGCGUAUUCAUCAAAGGGGUAGUUCAAGGGAUCCAGCCCUCUCUGAGUCCUCCGGUUCAGACUCGCCUCUCUACUCAUCACACCACUGCAGUCCACAAACUGCCAGCAGUCCACAUUCUCCUUCUAGUCUAUCCACAUACAUGGCAGCCAGUGGCAGAAAGGGUCCAUCAAUUAUUCGUCAGUGCAGUCCUGGCCUCAGAGGACAGCAGAAACUCCAGGGAAGCCCCAAUCACACAUCAAGACCAAGCCUUGCAUCUUCAACACCUCCUACAUCUCAAAAAUCCAGGUUCUCAGAGGUCAAAAACCGCAAGACGUCCCGGUCUCCCUGUUCACGACAGACCACCCACAGUAGAUCAAGAGCAAACAAGCCUGAGGCAGAGAUGGAAGAACGACUUCAAAAUGACAAGCCAGUGAAAAAGGAAAGAAAGGCAGAGGUUCAAAAGAUGAACAGAAAAGGGGAAGAAACAAAAAAGCGUAAGAAAAAAGAGGAAAGACGGUUGGCAGAGAGGAAAAAGAAAAAGGAUAGAGCAGCAAAGAAGGAAAGAAAGCUGGGGUUGAAAACUAAAGUAGCAGAAAAGGAAAUGUGUACCUCACUCUCCACUUUCAACUCAUCAGGCGAGGCCAAAGUGAGUAAAAUAGAGACUACGACUCUGUCACCAGGAAAGCAAGACCAGUCACCAACCAAACACAAGCACAGGGAGAAGAGUGAACGAGAGGAGAAGACACGCAGGCCAUCCUCAAAAACCUCUCCCUACACAUCCUUGGCAUCGGAAAAUCACAAAACUCCAGGAAAGAUCAGAAGUCCCCUAAAACUACAGCAUUCUCUUUGCAGGGACACCAGCAACAGUAAGACCAGCAAAAGGCCAACCAUCAUUCUGUCCAAAACAGAAGUCAGAUCAAAAGCAAAAGCAGAUGAUACCUUCCCCUCCCUUUUAUUCAAAGCUUUAGAACCGCUCACUACAGCCUGUUCUGUUAGCUUAGAGCGGCCUAUUCAUCGCAAAGACGAUGGGCAGGGAGUUCUCAACGCUCCAGACCUGCAGCCUGUUGCUGUGAUGGGAAACUUGCAGGAAUUGGGAGACAACCUUGCGAAUACUCCUCCUGUCCUCAGCUGGCAGGGAUCUCCGGUAUCAGAUCUGGGAGACGAUGAGGAGGAGUUAGAAAAGGGAGUGAUAAGCAGACCUGUUCUCCAGCCAAGCCCAACUCAAUGCUUUUCCCCUCCUCCUGUGGAUAGUGAGAGCUCUGAGGAUAUGAGCAUGGAGUCUUGUGGAGAUGCACAGAUCAAUAAGCCACAUAGUGGCACUCCAGGAAUUUGUGAUCUACCUUGUACAACUGAGCAAACAGCUGAGAAAGAGAAAGAGAAGGAGGAAGAGGUGGACUGUAGUGGGGAAACUUCAGUGUCUCUUCUUAGUGAGCUUCGCAACCACAAAACAGGCUUGGAUGACGUCUUCAAGAGUCUGGCCAAUUUUCUUGGCGGUCAGAAGGUCACUUGUCGAGGUGGCCCAUUUGGUGGGCCUCUUGUCAACACUGCAAGAGGAGUAAAGUCCUCCUCCACGCUUGAAUUGGCGCCAGAGAUUCAUGAGCAUCAGGAUUUCUUCCCAAAACUUGAUCCCUUAGUAUCAUCAGAACCCGGUAAUCAAUCACCAAGUCACCCUACCUCAGAUACACUCAUAAAAUCAAACUAUUCGACAGAUCCAAAGGAGCCAGUCAUAGAAUACCAGCUUCAGAAGAAGCAGGAACAAUCUGAGAACAACAUAAAAGAGAAACAAGAAGAUAAGAAGACGGAGAUCAUCACUGACAAAAUAGAGUCAUCUCCUUUGGAUAGGUCACUGAGUGCAAAGUUGAGAUUGACCACAACACAUACAGCCUCCUUCACCAGUCUCAUCACCGUCACCACCAAGGACGACAAAGUAAGCCGCAAAGAGACAGAUCCCAAAGGUAUAGAGAGAAAAAGAAAACACAAAUGCAAGGAUGAAGAGAGAGAAGGAGAGAUUAAGAUCAAGAUCAAGACAGAAGAAAGCAGUGUCAUUUGUCCUAAAAACAAACAAAAUGAGAAAAGUAGAGUCAAGGAAAGGGAUGUUUCAUCCUCCGUUCUAGUAAUCUCCAAGAAUUCAUCCAGAACUCCUAAGGACAGUAUGAAGGGGAAGACUCCUCAGGAAAAUCAUACCAAGCAUAGCAAGGAGAAAAAAGUAAGCAAGGGGAACGCUGGAGAAAAGAUAGUUACAGAGGUUAAAGAAGAAGUAGAUGGGUUAGAAAACAAGACAUCAGCAGUAGCUGGAAACACAAAUAAAAAGCCAAGCUCAGCAUCAGCUAUUACAAUCAAUACAUCCAUGUCCUGUGUGUCCACACCAUCAACAAAACCUCCCUGCUCCUUGGCUCCAGUUGACCCUCUAAAACUGAAAGCAUUGUCCAUGGGCUUUUGUAAAGAGCUAAAGAUCCUUCUGACUAAGCUUGAGAGUAAUGGAAGACAGACAUUCAACAUAUCAGAGCUGGAGGCGAAAAAAAUCCCACUGACCAAGAUCUGUGUUGAAAACACAGCAGCUGAAGUGAUAAGAGCUUGCAAGGGGACAAGGGUAAAUGGGAAGUUCAAGGAGUCCUACCUGCUUUCCACCUUCUCUGUCAAACCCAACAUGGCCACCGUGAUCCCUAUUCCAAGAGAGAAGCUGAACCCUCCUACACCCAGCAUCUAUUUGGAGAGUAAGAGGGAUGCUUUCUCUCCGGUUCUGCUUCAGUUCUGCACUGAUCCCAAAAAUGCUGUUACUGUCAUCAGAGGCCUUGCUGGCUCCCUCCGCCUUAACCUUGGUCUGUUCUCCACUAAAUCUCUGGUGGAGGCCAAUGCAGAGCACGCAGUGGAAGUGAGGACUCAAGUUCAGCAGCCAGCUGAUGAGAACUGGAACUCUAAUGGUUCAUUGCAGACGUGGCCCUGUGAAAGUAGCCGCUCCCACACAACUAUCGCCAAAUACGCCCAGUACCAGGCUUCCAGCUUCCAGGAGAGCCUGCAGGAGGAGAAGGAGAGUGAGAAUGAAGAGGACGGAGAGGAAACCCAACCUUCAGACUUAUCAACCAUCACCCUUGCCAACAGUAAAGCCAGUCCUGCCUCCACUACCAUCACAGCCAAUUCUGGUCAAGUCACCAGCACACCCAGCCCAGAGCUGAAAUCUGGAGGAAAAAUCAUUAAAUUUGGGACCAAUAUUGAUCUAUCUGACCCUAAAAGAUGGAAGCCCCAGCUGCAGGAGUUGCUGAAGCUGCCAGCUUUUAUGCGAGUGGAAUCCAGCAACAACAUGCUCAGUCACGUCGGUCACACCAUCCUGGGCAUGAACACCGUCCAGCUGUACAUGAAGGUGCCAGGCAGCCGUACGCCAGGUCAUCAGGAGAACAACAACUUCUGCUCAGUCAAUAUCAACAUCGGGCCCGGUGACUGUGAGUGGUUUGCUGUGCACGAGCAAUACUGGGGGUCCAUCAACACCUUCUGUGAGAAGCACGGAGUGGACUACCUCACAGGCUCCUGGUGGCCAGUCCUGGAGGACCUCUACGGCUCCAACAUCCCUGUGUACCGCUUCAUUCAGAGGCCGGGUGAUUUGGUGUGGAUUAAUGCAGGGACAGUUCACUGGGUGCAGGCGGUGGGCUGGUGCAACAACAUUGCCUGGAAUGUGGGACCGCUCAACUCGUACCAGUAUCAGCUUGCCCUCGAGCGCUUUGAGUGGAACGAGGUGAAGAAGGUGAAGUCAAUUGUUCCCAUGAUCCACGUCUCCUGGAAUGUGGCUCGCACCAUCAAGAUCAGCGACCAGGAUACCUACAAGAUGAUUAAAUACUGCCUGAUUCAGUCCCUGAAGCACAUCCAGAUUCUCAGAGACCAGCUGGUGGCCGCGGGGAAGAAGAUCUGUUACCAGAGCCGAGUGAAGGAUGAGCCGGCGUACUACUGCAAUGACUGCGACUUGGAGGUGUUCAACCUGCUGUUUGUGACCAGUGAGAACAGCAGUAAGAAGAGCUACGUGGUGCACUGUGAGGACUGUGCCCGGGCAAAGAGCCCGUUGCUGACAGGAGUGGUGGUGCUAGAACAGUAUCAGAUAGAGGAGCUGAUGAGGACGUACGACAGCUUCACACUGGCUCCAACGCCCUGUUCAAAAUGACAACUCCUCCCUGGCAUCUUUCGGCCAUAAAACCAAAACCCUAAUGGCAGCACAAAUGUUGUCUUCAAGGCAAUCUAUUCCUGAAAACUACUCUCUAAAUCAGCCAAUCACGUUUACUCAGUAUUGUUUACAUCACACAAUAUGGUAUGGAUACUCAGCCAAUCCAACUCUAGCUCACUGUCUUCCCCAUACCAGCUGCUGAUUGGACGUGUAUUUUGAAAUAGAAUGACUAGACUGGUACUUUUUCAUGAGAAGCAUUUCAGACGUGAAAAAAAAAAAAGAGUGAGCACUGCUAGCACUGAAAAUCAGGUUAUAUGUUCAACGGACACUGCUGUGAUUCUAAAGCGUCGAGUAGCCGGUUCUGUGUGUUAAUUCAGGUACUUUUAUGCAAAUUGAGUAGAAGUUUUUUACACCAAUCUAGUUAUUCUAUAUGUCCAUGAAUUUGCUGUGAUUCUGUUGUACCAGCAGGGGAAUGGCUUCACAGGAGAAGUAGCUGAUUGUCACAUUUGGCAUUAUAUUUAGUUUCUGUUUUUGUUUGGUGUUCAGGUAAUCUCUGGCAUUUGUAAUUCCUGUCUGUAUACUCUUUGAGGUGCUAUUCCAAUCUAAUUUAUUCUUGUUGGAUACUUAAAAAGUUUUACCAGCCUAGAGGUACACCACAUUGGCCUUGCAAACUGUAUUUAGAAGAGAGGUAAUUAGGGGAUAAAACACGAAAAUAAGGUUUUAUGUACGUGUUAAAAAACAAAUCAAAACUUUGCUCAGUUUUCUCUAAAAUACGGGUUUACUGAAGGACUAAUAUGGUUUCAUUCUUAGUUGGAAAUCAACUUUGUAGAUGGAAGACUUUGUUUGUUUUUUCACCAGUCCAGCUUAAUAGUCGUCAGUGUGGUUUCUUUGAUACGCCCAGAAAACAGACAUGGUGUUGUUUUUAUUUUUGGAAUGGGAAAUCAAUCCCAGUUUUAUACCUCUUUUGUUGCUAUGUUCUUGUUUCUAGAUGACAGAGAAAAUAAAUAAUUGUACAUUGUGAAUGAAUUUACGAUAUACACAGUGGUGUGCACAGACUUGUGGGUGGGGUGGUCGUGUCGGUGAAGUGCUGGUUAGUCUGAUAAAAAGUAAUACGUCCAAAGAGACACACAAUCAUGAUCUUCUAAUGCAAAAGCCAGCAAGGCCAAACAGAUGUCCAGACUGACUGGCACCUCACUGUUUUCAUUUUUGUUCAAACAUCCGUCCUGAACAGGAUCAGCUCUGUGCACUGCCUGGAGCUUUGACAUACUGUGUUUACAGUUAAACAGUUUGGGAGAAUAUUAACUUCAACAUGGCCCACACCAUUUCCACUGUCUCUAAACCCUCAAAAUCAAAGGGCUUGUUUAGUCCUGCCUAAAUUGGCUUUAUAUGUGGUUAUGAUGAAAUUGCUACAAAAUGUGUUCACCCUCAAAGUAAAGCUUGACUGGUGCUUGAUUUUUUGGGACCAAUAGUGACAUUGUUGUUUGCUAGUUGUUAGGGCUCUCUGGUGGACAAACCAAGCGAUGGUGACACUGCCUCCUUUCUCUGACCAUUUAAUGUGCAUGUGCAUGUUUAUUUGCUCUGGCAUAUGCGUCCUGACCCCAUCCUGUUCCGACAGAUUACAAUCAGGCAUAAUUCAGGUCAGGCCAAUCACAGCUGUUUGUUUUACUUUUUAGUGUUCUUAAGAGUCGUCGGGGCAUUUUUGUAAACAAAGAAGAUGACUGCCUCUGAUGUGGAACCUUCUGAAUUCACUAAUCUGUCAGUAUUAAAUGAAGUUUUACCAAAUUUUCUAGUAUUAAAUUUAGCUUGAGCAAAUUAGUCGGCUGUUGGAUCUAGCUACCUGUUCUAGCAGCGUACCUCGACAUAACGUUUUAUCACUGAUGGUUGGAAUAUCUUUAAACAUAAAUGUCUGAGAGGUUGAAAACACCUGUUGGAGAGGUUCCAAUUCAUUUUAAUGAACGGGUCUUGAGACAUAACCACAGAAGCCUGCAAUAAACUGGAUGAUAUCAGUCUCGCUCUACUUUCAAGUAAUUUGAAAAUUUGAUUCCUACAAAAUAUCUGAUUAUUACUUGCAUUAUUUGGUGUCAUGCAUGUUUUAGGCCUGUUUUUCUGGACCCUGUCCCCCUCCGUCUGUGCACACCAUUCACUGUACAUAAUGUAUCUGUUUUCAGGUUUACUAGAAGACUUCUGUAGUUUUGUUCUCAGUCAGAAAUCUAAUUUGUAUAUGGUCAAAACUUGUCCAGCUCAGUCACUCGUUUUUGUUGUUGCUAUAAUAUAAAAAUACCCUGAAAAUAUCCUGUUUCACUCUAGUUUAAAUUACUGCAAUGGGGAUUUUUGUUCCCACUUUUAUACCUCUUUUUGUUGUCAGUUUCUGUUUUUUGGAUUACAGAGAAAAUGGAAAAUUGUAAAUUGUGACAUUAUUUAUACUGUACAUGGUUGUUUUCUUAUAUAUUUAUUGCAUAUCAAAGGGUACUUCACUUGAUAAGGGCCUACAAGGUAUUUUAAAGAUGUAGUAAGGUCAUAAUGUGUGGACAGGGGAAGUGCAAUCAGGGGGGAGGUUUAAUUUUCAUGGUGCUAGACCCCCCCUUGCCUCGGUGCUCCCUCAUUAAACAGCAUAUAAUGAUGUAUGAACACAAGUCAGUGAUACAACUCAAAUCAACUGGUAGGUGCUUAACCAUUUCAACACAGUGACUGGUAACAGAAAUGGGAUGAUGUCUUUGUACUGUAUCUAACAGAUGAAUACGAGAUCUUUUAAAAAGUUUUUCCAUUGUAUGAAAUUCAUAAUCUUGUGAGGCAUUAGUGGUUUUAUGAUGAGCAUUAGCAGUAGUUGUAAUUCUUGACACUUUUACAGAGACUUUUAGGGAUGUGACUUUAACGACGUCUGGGUUUCGACUUUUCUCUGUGUCCUGUCCUCAUUAUUAUUAUUAUUAUUAUUAGUAUUGUUUGAAGGAUGUAAUAAUGCUCUUUUUUCCUCCUGACUUGUUUGAUUUAUGCUGCACUCAUUGUUUCAAAAAGAACUCACAUAGAAGAAACCUGAGCCAGACCUGUCUUAAAUCCCUGUGAUUUUUCUGUGACAUAUUGUAUUGUUGUUCGAUAAAAUAAAAUGUUUUGAUAAAUUAUU